UCUGAUCUGAUCAGUUUGCGGAGCUGGAGCCCCAGCCCCCAGCCCUAGUCCUAGUAUUGGCAGCGGCAGCUAUAGAUAUUUCUGCAGAGCCAGCAGCCGGCUCCCACCUACCCAAGGAGAGAAGAUCGCUCCAAGACAGUGAGAGCUUCCCUGCCAUUUCAGUGCAAAGUCCCUCCGGAGCGACCUCAGAGGAGUAAUCGGGCCUUAACUUUUUGCGCUCGUUUUGCUAUCAUUUUUCUCUAUCCACCUCCAUCUCACCCCCGCAACACUCUUUACUGGGGGGGUCUUUUGUGUUCCGGAUCUCCCCCUCCAUGGCUCCCUUAGCCGAAGUCGGGGGCUUUCUGGGCGGCCUGGAGGGCUUGGGCCAGCAGGUGGGCUCGCAUUUCCUGUUGCCUCCUGCCGGGGAGCGGCCGCCCCUGCUGGGCGAGCGCAGGGGCGCGGCGGAGCGGAGCGCCCGCGGAGGGCCGGGGGCUGCGGAGCUGGCGCACCUGCACGGCAUCCUGCGCCGCCGGCAGCUGUAUUGCCGCACCGGCUUCCACCUGCAGAUCCUGCCCGACGGCAGCGUGCAGGGCACCCGGCAGGACCACAGCCUCUUCGGUAUCUUGGAAUUCAUCAGUGUGGCAGUGGGACUGGUCAGUAUUAGAGGUGUGGACAGUGGUCUCUAUCUUGGAAUGAAUGACAAAGGAGAGCUCUAUGGAUCAGAGAAACUUACUUCUGAAUGCAUCUUUAGGGAGCAAUUUGAAGAGAACUGGUAUAACACCUAUUCUUCUAAUAUAUAUAAACAUGGAGACACUGGCCGCAGGUAUUUUGUGGCACUUAACAAAGACGGGACUCCAAGAGAUGGCGCCAGGUCCAAAAGACAUCAGAAGUUUACACAUUUCUUACCUAGACCAGUGGAUCCAGAAAGAGUUCCAGAAUUGUACAAGGACCUACUGAUGUAUAGUUGAAGUGUGAUCGUGACAUUAUGGAGGAGUCAAACCACAACCAUUCUUUCUUAUCAUAGUUCCCAUCAUAAAAUAAUGACCCAGGAAGACAUUCAGAAUGUUAAAGUCUAUUUUCUACUGGGAGACUGGAUUUGGAAAGAAUAUUGAGAAAAAAAACAAAAAAAAAGUCUUGACCAGAAAUAGAUCAUGAUCACUCUUUAUAUGUGAAUUAAGUUCCCUUAGAUACGUUGGAUUAGUCCUUACCAGUAGACUGACUCCAAAAAUCUCUUAAAUUGUGGAUAACGGGAACCCUCACAUGGUUGCUGCUGGUGCCUCACCUCUCUGGAUUAUGUUUACUUUAAAAUUUAUGUUAAAACUAGAGGAUUCAUGUUGAAGAAAUGGAUUGACUUAACCAAGAUCAUUGCUACAUAAACUCUGAGGACCUUGUAGAAUUCACAGGUUAUAGCAUUAUAUGUUAAAAAAAAAACCAAAAAACUAAACAACACCUGGGUGAAACAUGAACUAUGAAACAUGCCACACCAAGACAGAACAUUUUUUAAAACAAUGGACCUAUUUAUACAUUUUCAAUUUGAAAAUAUUUAUUAUA